CGAUGAUCAACAAAAUCUGCGUCAGCCAGCAGUUGUGCGGACAGUGGUUCGUCGGGCCCUGGACGAAGUGUUCCUCUUCGUGCGACAUGGGUAUGGAGACGCGAGAGGUGGCUUGUGUUUCCAAAUUCUUGGGGGUCCUGAAAGUCGUGCAGCCUUCCAAUUGCCAGGGCAAUCCACCGGAACAAACGAGGGGAUGCAUGGGUCCGCCUUGCAAUGCCACUUGGUUCAUGUCAGACUGGACUCGAUGUUCCCGAAAUUGCGGACGAGGCUACCAAAAACGUAAGGUUCAAUGCAUCGGGCCCGAUGGUAUUCCCAUGAACGCGAGCGUGUUGGAGUGCGAUGAGGAAAAGAGGCCACCGAGCAGGAGGCACUGCAACGAUUUUUCUUGCAACAAAAACAAAUCUAAGGAUGCGGACAGUGAAAAUGACGUUGAAAAGGAAUGCCGAGAUGUGCUAUUGGAUUGUUGGAAAAUACGAAGCGGAAGUCAAGAAGCGAAGCACAAGUGCGAGAUGGAAGUAUUCAAAAAAGGAUGUUGCAAGGCUUGCCGUUACUCUUUUCUCAGAUCGAACGGACGUAGCAAAAUAAGAUAGUUUAUUAUCGUAACUGAAUUUGUUUUUUACAUUUUUUGUAAUGAUAUGUCACAAUGUAUUUUGUGCAAUGUUCUUGUUAGAGCGAUUCUUUUUCCUGACAUAAUAUUAUUUUUUUCUCUUCCCACGUAUAUACACAUUUAAAAAGCAAUUCUUGUACGCGUAGAAUGACAAUUUUUAUAGCACCG